AUGGAUUCUGAGCCCUCACAGCUUCCUGAUAGGAAGGCGCGGAAGUCUGUUGCCUUUACAGAAGAGAAACUGGUCGUCGACGCCGACGGCAAGGUCACUACGAUGUCGACCCCAAAUGAGGAGAAGGACACGGCCCAAUCCCACACGCCUCCUCCUGCCGAUGUGACCCUGGACGGGGCCGCUCCCGAUGACGAUGGACUUGACUUGACCCUGAAGAAGAAGAAGAAGAAGCCCAAGAAGGUGGAGGAUGGCGAGGAAGCCGCCGGCGACGAGAAUGCUGAGGACGGCGGGCUGGACCUGACGCUCAAGAAGAAAAAGAAGAAGAAGCCCAUCGAUGACGAUGAGUUCGCAAAGAAGCUCAAGGCCAUGGAGCUUAACGACAAGGAGGCCGAGGAGGGCGAUGCCGAACCUGAGGAGCCAGAGGUGGAGGAAGGUGACAUGGAUGAGGGAACCGGCAUCUGGGCUCACGAUGCGACAGAGAGCAUCCCAUACAAGAUGCUCCUCGGAAGGUUCUACAAGCUCCUCGAAGAGAAGAACCCCGACCAUGCAACCAGCGGAACCCGGUCAUACAAGAUCCCGCCCCCGCAAUGCGCACGUGAAGGCAACAAGAAGACCAUUUUCAUCAACCUGGCCGAUAUUUGCAAGCGCAUGAAGCGUACAGAGGAACACGUUACGCAGUAUCUGUUUGCUGAGUUGGGAACGUCGGGUUCGACUGACGGUAGCCGUCGCCUGGUUAUCAAGGGUCGUUUCCAGCAGAAGCAACUGGAGAACGUGUUGCGCAAGUACAUUAUCGAAUAUGUUACCUGCAAGACUUGCAGGUCGCCCAACACAGAGCUCAACAAGGGAGAGAACCGCCUGUACUUUAUUACUUGCAACUCUUGCGGCUCGCGUCGGUCGGUUACUGCCAUCAAGACUGGUUUCUCUGCCCAGAUUGGCAAGAGGAAAAAGAUGCUCAAGGGCUAG